GUUACCAGCUGCACCUGCAUCUGGAUCUUCAUGUUGUUGUUGUUGUGUUCCUCUUAAGAAUUGACAUGCGAUCGAUCUAACUUGUAAAAUCUAAGACCCAGCCACCACACGACAGCGACGCGACAGAGCGAGCUUCAAUGGCAUCCUCCUUCAUCAAGCUCGAUGAUUCCCCAAUGUUCCAGAAGCAGUUAUUUUCUCUUGAAGAAUCAGCUGACGAGUUAAAGGGUCGGUGCCAGAAACUAUACCAAGGGUGCAAGAAGUUUAUGACAGUUCUGGGGGAAGCAUAUAAUGGAGAAACUGCCUUUGCUGAUUUGUUAGAAGAAUUUGGUGGUGGUCAGGAUGACCCUGUUAGUGUAUCAAUUGGAGGACCCGUCAUAUCUAAGUUUAUUUCAACACUGCGUGAGCUAGCUACUUUUAAAGAGCUUCUUCGCUCACAGGUAGAGCAUGUGUUGAUUGAUCGGCUGGCAGAGUUUAUGACUGUUGAUUUGCAAGAAGCAAAGGAGUCACGCCGUCGCUUUGACAAAUCUGUGCAUUCUUAUGAUCAGUCACGAGAAAAGUUUGUGUCUUUGAAGAAGAAUACGCCAGACGACAUUGUUUCUGAAAUGGAAGAGGAUCUACAAAAUUCAAAGUCAGCAUUUGAAAAAAGUCGCUUCAAUCUAGUAAACUCUCUCAUGACUGUUGAAGUGAAAAAGAAGUACGCGUUCUUGGAGUCCAUUAGUGCAAUAAUGGAUGCUCAUUUGAGAUACUUUAAACUGGGUUAUGACUUACUGAGCCAAAUGGAGCCAUAUAUUCACCAGGUGCUAACAUACGCACAACAAUCUAAAGAACUGGCCAACAUUGAGCAAGAUAAGCUUGCAAAAAGAAUCCAGGAAUUCAGAACACAGGCGGAGCUGGAAAAUAUACGAGCUACUAACAGCUAUACAGAACCUGUGCCUGGUGCUGAUGGCACCCGCGUUGUAGGCAUGAGCUCUUACAAAAGCUUUGAAGCAGGGGUGCAGCCUACAACCAAAGGGGAGGUUCAAACAGUUAAACAGGGCUAUCUGUUAAAACGAUCAUCAAGCACACGGGGAGAUUGGAAACGGAGGUUUUUUGUACUUGAUAACCAAGGCAGUUUAUACUAUUAUAGAGUGAAGGGAGCCAAACCCAUGGGCUCUCAGUCAUAUCAUUACAGUCGUUCUUCUGAACAAAAUAGUGGCAUGUUUGGUAGAUUCCGUUCAAAGCACAACAGGGCAGCAUCCCUGAAUGAUGAUAUUUUGGGUUGUUGUGCUGUUGAUCUUUGCACAUCCAUCAUAAAGAUGGAUGCAGAGAAUACAGAUCUACGACUUUGCUUCCGGAUCAUUUCUCCCUCAAAAACAUAUACAUUGCAGGCUGAAAAUGAAGCCGAUAGGAUGGACUGGGUAAACAAAAUUACUGGAGCUAUCACAUCUCUGUUCAAUUCUCAGUUUCUUCAACAGCCUCAGUUUGAUCGAUUCCAUUUAGAAAAUAAAAACUCAGCAGCUGGUGCUUCUUUGACUAAUCAAUCAGAGGAUAAUCAUAAAUAUUUGAUGGAUGGAAAAUCUUCAAAAGAAGUGGGAAGUGUCUCUAUGAUUUUAAGGGGAAUUCCUGGGAAUGACAAGUGUGCUGAGUGCAGUGCCCCUCAACCAGACUGGGCAUCUCUAAACCUUGGCAUAUUGCUAUGCAUUGAAUGCUCUGGAGUGCAUCGAAAUCUUGGAGUUCAUAUCUCAAAGGUGAGGUCUAUAACAUUAGACGUCAGGGUUUGGGAACCUACAAUUAUGGAGUUAUUCAAUAACUUAGGCAAUGCUUAUUGUAAUUCUGUCUGGGAGGGUUUGCUUCUACUUGACAGUGAAAGCAGAGUAGGUGAACCAAAUAUGCCUAUGAAACCAUGCUCAACCGAUGCUUUCCAACACAAGGAAAAGUACAUCCAUGCUAAGUAUGUAGAGAAAUCACUAAUCAUCCGAGAAGAGGAUAUAGACGGGAAUCCUUCAGUUUCCACAAGAAUCUGGCAAGCAGUUCAGGGUAUAAAUGUACGAGAAGUGUAUCGCCUUAUUGUCACAUCAACUUCAAAUAUCGUAAACAUGAAACAUGGCGAUGUGGUUUGCCAUGCUGAUGCUGAAGAACAUCAGCAGCAUGAUCCUGAAGCAUGUCUGAAAAUUACAGAGACUAAUGAAUCUAUGACGUGUUUCCGGGGCUGGUCAUUAUUACAUCUGGCAUGUCAUUCAGACAGUGCACUAAUGGUUGAGCUGUUGCUCCAAUUUGGUGCUGAUAUAAACAUGUGCGACUAUCAUGGAAGGACUCCCUUGCACCAUUGCAUUACUACUGGGAAAAAUCCAUUGGCAAAGUUUCUACUGAGAAGGGGCGCAAAACCUUCAGUAAAAGAUGCAGGUGGACACACUGUACUUGAAAGAGCAAUGGAGAUGGGAGCAAUAACUGACGAAGAGCUAUUUCUCCUGCUUGCUGAGUGCCAGUAAAGAUGGAACUGGUAUAUACUAUUGUGUUUAGAAAGUUGAGGGUACUAAGCUGUUGUUCAACAAGCAUAGCAAACAUUGUUUAGAAUGUCUUAUUGUAGCAUGCCUAAUUCACCAAAAGGAAGUUCAUUAACUUUUGUUAUUUAUCUUGAUCCAUAUUUCUUACAGUUAUUACAGAAAACAUUUCCCAUGUAUCUUAUUGAAUUUUUUUGAAGUAUAUUCAUCAAGUUAUUCCUGAAAAAAAAAAACCUCGUUUGAGUUCUUUCAUUGUUUUCCAAA